AUGGUGCUUAAGCCUGGAGUGGCACCCGAUGUGGGCGAUCUGCUCCAGCAGGUCAAGGCGAACGCUAGAGCGCUCUUUCCACGCAAGAUCGUACUGAAUAACUACCUUGAAGUCCUUGCUUCGCACGCUGAAAAUGGGUUUCGAGCUGUACUAGUCGAAAUUCCUCGCCUGCCGCUCUUUCCGCCUACGACACCGACCUAUCAAGCCGGCAAUGUUGCAGCUCAGCUUGCUGUCACAUCCGCUGACGGCUUCACUGUCCUAUUGCAAGGUCCUACCGCCCUGACCUGGAAUGAUGCUAUCAUGGCGCUUUUCAUGGUUGUCGCACACGAGAUCGCUCAGAAGGUUGCCGAGACGGAGAAGAAAGCUGAGCCACGCCGGGUGAAUUGCCCUAUUCAUGGUGACGCUCCGGCCAUCCCAAGUUCCUCGUCUUCCAUGGUCGCAGAGCCGGAUGAUCCAUCUGUGGUGACGGAGUCUCCUGAAGCUCAAUUUGUUAAGGCAAUGCGUCUACUCCAUCCCACACCCACUUCAUCGACCCCCCCAGAAUCUCCCGCUCUCCCAUUCGAGUCGGAUCUAGGCCUUUCUCGCCGCGCAACCACCUCACGCGACUCUGUCCUUCCAUAUCCUGACCCACCGCCCGAGGGCUACGAGCUGCACUACCUACAAGAAGGUCGCCUUGAUGGUAAGUACAUCUACGUUCCAGGGAGCCGACCGCCAAAGCCCGACAUGAUUCCUCCUCCUGUUGGCGUGAAAAUUGGAAGCAAGCAUGCGCCCUGGCUGGAGCUCACUGAGUUCGAGGUUGGGCAUGAGCGGAGGCGGAGGUGCGGCAUGGUGCCACCUGACUGGAUGCCAAAUUUGGAGGAGAAGUUGCAAAUCCUCUCCACCCUUAGCCGAGGCUUGAACAACGGGCGCAUGGCUCGGCACGCUGCAAAAGCCGGCGAAGAGUUCCUGGACGAGGAGCCCGACAUCAAGCCAACCCGGGCAACCUUGGAUGAACUGCAAGUCCACGUGUCGGGGCCGAUUUACGACAAUAUGGGCAACUUCACCGAACAGGAUAUGAAGCGGGUUCAGGCACUCGCUACACAUUUGAAAGGUAGCAACGUGCGAGGGUAUGCCGCCGAGGAGAAAGGAUUCAAAUACACAGCCGUGGAUCUGCUAGAUUUAUGCAGCCCGCGCGUGACGAAUUGGAAAGCGUUUCCGGAGCUCCGCCGUCCGACUCCACCGCCUGUUGGUUCCGAAGCCGCGACAGCCGUUGGGACUGGUGGUGUCUCAUGCAAUGGCGGCACAAAUAAUCAACCCUUCUCCUCUGCGAAACAAGCUAUGGAGUCUGCCGGAGGGGUCGAAGAGCGCGAUGCGUAUUUGAACUUCCUAGGGCAAGGGAUUGAAGAGAAGAUGGACGCUAGUUUUAAACCGCUACUCGAUCAGAUCGACGAACAGGGCAAGAAGCGAAAUGAGCAGUUCCGUGUGCUUUUUGAGACGUUUGACCAUGGAAAGGCUCGGCUUCGGAGAGCCUUUCAAGAUCACCAGGAAGCCCAUCAAGGUCUCGAUAUUAUCGAGGAGGAGUCGAAGAAAACGUCAUCGUCGAAGAGCAAAGAUCGAGCGGUCAUCCCCAUCACAUUCGGUCAAAUGAAGCUCGAGAAUCUCAAGAUAAUCCAAGAAGGGAUCAGGACCGCUCAGCGCGAACGGGCCCACCAAUCGUCAUUUUCGACUGGCAACACAAUGAAGGCAACCACACUCUCCAAGCCCAACACCAGGGCUCGCCUUGAAGAGACCAUCUUGACAGGCAUCGCUGCCCCUGUUGCGAAUAGCACCAAGGUAAAGCUGGUACAGUCCAAGUCGGAAGGUGUAGGUGAUCUGACUUCCCUGGAAGAAUCAACACGACGACGCAAGUGGGUAAUCAGGAAGGCGGAGGCCUCGACUAAUAGCCCGUUGCGUGGCGGACCCGAGCUCGGGGAUCAGUCCAAGGAUCGUAUCAUGAACAUGCACAAGGCUGUCAAAAAGCGAUGCGAGCAAGCCAGUCAAUUAUCGGUGUCGAACGAUGGAACUACAAAGGUCACAAUCGUGCCAGACAUCCUCGAGCUGACGAUCGAGGCUCCGCCUGUUGUCACUGUCACGACGGGCAAUGUGACCUCUGUCGUGAAGGACACCAAGGCUGAAUAUGUCCAACAGAAGUCCGAAGGUGUAGGCAAAAAGGCUACCUUGAACGGUGCAACGCCACAAGUUGAGAAAGACCUGGCCACAAAGAUCGAACCCGCUUCAGACAAUGCCCAGAGUGGAUGGGAUACGAAGAGCGAUAGAGAAACUGAUCUCCAAGGCUUAGAUAACAUCUUUACUGCUCCGCACAUGGAAGGCGCCGAAUCCAUACUUCCUGCCGGUCCACAUGUGGAAUACCUAACCGCUUCUCCCCCAGACCAGGCAUUCAGUCCUAUGAUUCAUAGCACAUACUAUGAAACUCAUCCUUGGGAGAUGCGCUCUGCUGCAGACGCGAUGCCUACAUCGCCAUCGACGCACCCUCGCGAAGCUCCUCCGGUGCCAGCAUACACCACAUCGGCGCAAAAUGCUGCUCUGCCAGGCUGGGCCUCAGAUCUGCUGGAUUAUCCGGAGCCUGGCCCUUAUGAUGCCUCGCGUUUCGGCAUCCAGGACUUCAAGAAUGGAUAUCCCGGGUACAAUUCGGCCUGGGUGACUGCACCGGCUUCUGCUCAUCCGGACAGUAAAGCACACAAGUUCUCUGCUGCUACGCGUCAGCCCAACAACUCGGGCCAUAGUUACGACCCACAUAGCGUUAGCGUGGGCUACGACUACGAUGUGCAGCAUACCUAUUAUUCGGACUACGACCAUGACAUCCUGCACGGCACGAGCGUUCUUCAUGUGGAGCGACCCCGCCGUCGGCCAGUGGAGAAGAAAUCCUACGAGUAUGAAGAAGCUUAUCGUGUUGUGGGGAAACCCCUGGCGCCAGCCACUGCGAAGGCACUCGGCGAGGCUCUGCACCGCAACGCGGACCUCGAAGCAGCACCUCUCGCAACUCAUGGACCAUACGAUGCGAGCGAUCGGUCGUACGGAAACAUGUCUUCUGCUAUCCCGCCCUUUGCUACGAACUACCACUACGGCCCACCGAAUGACGGAACCGACUUGUCAUUCGGAGACACUUCUUUUGAUUACUCGCACCAGGAUGAAGACCUGGGUGACUAUCUGCAGAGUCUGAACACCACGGAGUUCAAGCGUUCUCUCAAUAUGCCAGUGGAAAAUGCGAAGGAUGACAACCUCAAGGUUGAGCUCGCAGCUGCAAAUGAAGCGCCAGCCGCUGCUGGUACAUCUAUCGGCACGAUUGCUCAGCCCCACAGUACGUUUGGCGAAUGGAAGCGUUCCCUGACCUUUGAGACCACUCCAAACUACGGUCCAUUGCGUAAGCGCAACCGUGGGCUUAUGGAUUCUCGCCAUGCGGUCCGUCCGGCGCUUGCGUCGUAUCUUGAGUCUGACCAUAAAGGUGACACCGUCUUGGGUAGUGAGGCUGAGCUUCCGGAGGAUUUGGACAGUGAGUAUGGACCUCCAGAGGACUUCAAGGUCCGUGAUGUCUAG